AGCGAGCAGAGAAGCUUCCAUAUGAACUCUCCGGUCCUUGGAAGCCAUACACAAAGAUCUAGCUUUCUAUGAAUCCUUGGAGGAGAGCAAAAAGUCAUCUAGCUAGGACUUAAUUUGAGAAUUUGGGUUUCAAUCUGCUUGAUGGGUAUGUUUGAUGAAAUGGGUUUCUGUGGGAAUCUUGAUCAAUUCCAAUCUGAACCUCCCGGGAUUGGAGAAAUGGGAGCUGAAGUGGAAGUAAAGAUUGCGGGUGAAGGGGAUAACGAUGAUGAUGGGUACAGUGAUGAGGAGGAUGUGGAUGUUCUCGAGCUCGAGAGGAGGAUGUGGAGGGACCGGGUGCUGCUGAGGAAGCUGAAGGAGAGGAACAAGAGUAAGGAGGAAGGCGUUGAUGGCCCGAACCCGAAACAGCGCCCGUCCCAGGAGCAAGCGCGGAGAAAGAAGAUGUCCCGGGCACAGGACGGGAUACUAAAGUACAUGUUGAAAAUGAUGGAGGUGUGCAAUGCCCAGGGUUUCGUGUACGGGAUUAUUCCCGAGAAGGGGAAGCCGGUGAGUGGAGCUUCGGAUAAUCUUCGGGCGUGGUGGAAGGAAAAGGUUAGGUUCGACAGGAAUGGCCCGGCUGCUAUUGCCAGGUACCAGGCCGAGCAUAACAUCCCGGGAAAGAUCGAGGAUUCCUCGAGUAUGGCGGUGUCAACGCCCCACACAUUGCAAGAGCUCCAGGAUACUACGCUCGGGUCGCUCUUAUCGGCUCUGAUGCAACAUUGCGAUCCCCCGCAGAGAAGAUUCCCCCUCGAGAAGGGCGUAGCCCCGCCUUGGUGGCCAAGUGGGAACGAGGAAUGGUGGGGCGAAUUGAGCCUGCCAAAGGAUCAAGUUCCGCCUCCCUAUAAGAAACCCCACGAUUUGAAAAAGGCGUGGAAAGUUGGCGUUUUGACUGCGGUUAUUAAGCACAUGUUCCCCGACAUUGCCAAGAUCUGCAAACUCGUGCGCCAAUCCAAAUGUUUGCAGGAUAAGAUGACUGCCAAGGAGAGUGCUACCUGGCUUUCGAUCGUCAAUCAAGAGGAGGCGUUGGCUCGGAAGAUGUAUCCCGAUAGCUACCCGAACUGCUCUUCUUCAGCUCUCGGGAAUGGACUAUAUCUCAUCACCGACCCGAGCGAUUACAACGUUGAAGGAGUGGAUGAUGAGGAGGAGGAUAACAUUGAAGUAGUGGAUUACAAACCCCGAAACCUCGUGGUCGGGGCACCUAGAGUUCAGAUAAAAGAAGAGAUUCUUGAUAUCGCCUCGCAUUUCCUCGGGAAGAGAAAUCCGGCAGCUGUUGAGGAUCCCGCAGAUCAGAUGAUAAUAUAUACUUGUGAGUAUCCUCGGUGUCCUUACAGCAAUUACCUAAUGGGCUUUAAUGACAGGAACUCGAGAAAUAAUCACCAGAUUAGCUGCCCUUUCCGCCUUAAUUCUUGUCAAAACCUUGGCACGCUAAACUACCAAGUAAAUAAUAGCAAACAAGCAGUUUACUCAUCGAUGGCGCCCAAACCACCUGGUGCAUCAGCGAUAUCUUCCUCGCCCAUGGACGUUUCUACCCUUGGACUACCCGAAGACGACGAAAGGGCGAUUUCUGAACUUCUGUCGUUUUAUGAUAACAAUCUUCAACAAAACGGAGGCUUCAAUUCCGGGAAUCUUAAUAAUGGCGUUGAACUUCACGUGGAAGACUACUUCUCAACUGCGGGAGGUGGAGUGUUUCAGCCGCAAGCAAAUAUGCCCGUGACUCACUCGGUUUUGCCAUCAACUGGAACCCAAUAUGAAUCUGGCUUCAAUAGGAACUCGAGCGAUAUUGGUGAUUUUAAGUUCGGUUCCUCGUGCAAUUUGGUUGAUUAUUCAACGGAUCAGCUUCCGAAGCAGGAUGGAUCCACAUGGUACUUCUGAAACCAGGUAGGAUCUAUCCAAUUGCUCCAAAGGAAUCACCAAUGCCUUAACUUUAAAUAACUGUCGUAGAUGUUAAAAUACCGUACCAUAUGAAACUCCUAUCGAGCCUAUAUAUGCUGCAAAACCUUUUAUGUAGUUUUGGAACUAUAUAUAUAUAUAUAUAAUUGAUGAACUAUAUAUCAAAAUGGGCAAAGAGCUCUGAUCUGAAGAUGACAACCUUGCUCUCUUCCCCUCUUGUCCUUGUUGUUCUUAGGAUGUACUUUUGUUAUCUCAAUAUCAAUAUCAAUGUAUAUUAUACUUGAUUAAGAUGCAUAUAUAUGUGAAUAUCUAUGAUGCUUUGUGCA